CUUUUAGUACCCGAGCGCACCACGUACCUUCCAGUUGCAAUUCCUACGUACCUUCCCUUUCAUACUCCCAUCCUCUCGCUCAUCGUACCUACCUUAUCUUACCGCCUGGCCUGCCUGCCUGCCUGCCUCGUUACCCAACAACACGUUCACUUUUUAAGGGAAAAAAAUAAUAGUCACCCCAACAGACCGGGACAGAUACUACACACGCGCACACACGCACGCUACCUUACCUACCUUACACACACUCUCGUACACACCUGAGGCAACUUGACGCGACUUUGCAGCAAGAGGGGCUGGGGCAGAAAAACCGGCCUGAACUUUUUUUUCUUAUCAUCUUAUUUUUCCGAACGAAAAGACGCCAGCCAGGAGCUGUCACUCUCGGAAUUUUCACCCUUCACUUCCCACACUCAUUCCUUGACAUCCUCUCAGUGUCACUUUCACUCUCAGACUCAUCUCACUCACGGAUUUUUCUGAUCCCAUCAUGUCUGCUCAGACCACCGACACGCCCGUCGCGGCACCUGCCCCAGCUGUUGCUGCUGAGGCCCAGCCGGCCGCCGCUGCACCUGCCGCGGAGCCGACUUCGGCUGACGCUCCCGCACCCGCCGCCGUUGCUGCUGCCACCCCUGAGGUCAAGCAGGAGCAGAAGACUGAGAAGGCCGCCGCUCCUGCUGCCGAGAAGCCCGUCGACAAGGCCCAGACUCCCCUGUCUUCGCUCUUUGAGAAGCUUCCCGCCAUCUUGGCCGAGGCCAAGCACAACGAGAUGUGGGGUGUGCAGCUCUCCGACGACACCCACGUUCCCACCACCGUCGUCUUGCAGAAGUUCCUUCGCGCCAACGAGGACGAUGUCUCCAAGGCUGCUGACCAGCUCCAGAAGGCUCUGAUCUGGCGUCGUGACACUAACCCUGGCAAGCUUCUUGAUGAGGUCACUUUCGAUGGAAAGAAGUUUGGCGAUCUCGGCUAUGUCACCACCCACAAGGACGCCCAGGGCAAGGAGAUGAUCAUCACCUGGAACAUCUACGGAGCCGUCAAGGACAAGAAGGCCACCUUUGGCAACGUCGAUGAGUUCAUCAAGUGGCGCGCUGCCCUUAUGGAGCUCAGCGUCCGCAAGCUUAACCUCGACAAGGUCCAGACCGCCAUUCCUGAUGGCGGCGAGGACCCCUACCAGAUGAUCCAGGUCCAUGACUACCUCAACGUCAGCUUCCUCCGCAUGGAUCCCGCUGUCAAGGCCGCCUCCUCAGAGACCAUCAGAAUCUUCGCCAUGGCCUACCCUGAGCUUCUCGUCCACAAGUACUUCGUCAACAUCCCCGCUCUGAUGGGCUGGGUCUUCAAGGCGAUGAAGGUCUUCCUCGCUCCCAAGACCAUCGCCAAGUUCCACCCUCUCGGCUAUGGUAACGAGUUGGGCGGGGAGCUCCCGGCCUACAAGGACUCGCUCCCCAAGGAGUACGGCGGAAACGCUGAGGGCAUCAAGACCACCGGCCAGACCGUCAAGCUCACAGAGGCUGAGGCCCCUGUCGAGAAGCCCGCGGCUGAUGCUACUCCUGCCCCCGCCGUCGCCGCGCCUGUUGCGACUGAGGCCCAGCCUGCCGCCGAGGCUCCGUCGGCUGUCGCCGCUGAGACUAAGGCCGUCGAGACUACCCCUCCUGCGGUUGCUGUCACCGAGCCCGCCGUCGCUUCUGAGCCUGUCAACGCUGCUCCUGCGGCUGCUGAGACUGAGAAGACCGAGGUUCCCACCGUUGCCGACUUGAGCAUCAAUGACAAGACCGAGGCCAAGGAGGAGGCCAAGACCGCUGCCGCCUAAAGGAUAACUUUACGGCUUGCAUGGUUUGAUUCUCUAUUCGUGGCUUUUUUCCUUUUGUUACAUGCCUUUGAAUCUGUGGGCUGGACCUUGGUUGGUUUUUCGGGAACAUGAGAAUGAUGUUGUCGCAAGAGAUCCAUCGGGUUUCCAGGCAUUCAGGAUUUGCUCAAUCCUUUCUCAAGAGAGAAAGAGAGGGGGCAGAAUCCGGAGUUCGCCCACUGCAUUUUCUCCUUGCGUUCAUGCCAUAAUACCCUUCUAGUGUGUGUUUGUGGCGUUGUCAAUUCGAAUUCAAAUCUUUCGAUCGAAGACAGAAAGGAAUGGGAUCAGAACAGAGAGACUAGCAGGAAAGGAUGGGAAUGUCUCCUCUUUAAUACCUAGGUUAGGAAGAAAAAUAAAAUCGAAUUCGACCAUUCAAACCCGCUGGAACCUUGAGCAUGUGAGAAUGUGUCAAACUGACUCG